GAAAAAGUGCCAAAUUUCCCACUAUUUUUCUUUAAAUAGGCCUCCCUUGUUGAUCCCUGAAGGAACAUGUUUGACAAAAACCCAAUUGCCAUAUAGUCUUCUACCUUUCUUCUUCUUGAGAGGAAAAAUGGGCCUGCUCCCAUGUCAUUUGUCUUGCCACAGAGACAAUGAAUCUCAGUCUAACUCUAAUCAUCUUCAUUCAGAAUCAUCGACUUCAUCCAUCUCCUCCCAACCAAGCCUCCCAUCUGUUCCUUCCCUUAAUUCAUCGUCUUCACAACAAGAACAACAAGCCACAAAAACCCACCAUAUGUGCAAAGCUACCCUUAAAGGCCACACAUCUUAUGUGUUCUCCCUUGUUCUUGGCGGGAAAUUCCUCUUCAGCGGCUCCUUAAACAGUGAGAUACGAGCCUGGAACCGAGAUUCUUCUACUUCAUACAACCAUCCAACCGAUAACAUAAUAGCUUCUAGCAGCGGUGCAGUCAAGUCCCUAGUAAUUUCUGAGGAUAAACUCUUCAGUGCCCACCAAGAUAACAAAAUCCGUGUGUGGAAAAUUGGAAAUGAUCUACACCAGAAGUACAAAAGCAUAGGCACUCUUCCAACUGUGAAUGAUCAAUUCCUAAGAUGUUUCUCACCAAAUAACUACGUACGGGUCCGGCGUCACAAGGAAAAAACCUGGGUACACCAUGUUGACACAGUAUCUGCGCUGGCAGUAUCAAGAGAUGGUUCCCUUCUUUUUUCCGCUUCCUGGGAUAAGACAUUCAAAAUCUGGAGAACCUCUGAUUUCAGGUGCCUGGAAUCCGUUGGAAAUGCACAUGAUGAUGCCAUCAGCACCAUAGCAUUGUCCAAAGAUGGAUUUGUUUACACAGGUUCUGCGGACAAUAAAAUCAAGGCGUGGAAAAGGCAUGCAGGAGAGAAGAAGCAUUCCUUGAUAGCAACAUUGGAGAGACACAAGUCAGCUGUGAAUGCCUUAGCUCUAAGUAACGAUGGCACUGUACUUUACUCCGGGGCAUCUGAUCGAUCAAUUCUUGUGUGGGAGAGAGAUGGUAAUUUUAGUGACGGUGGCAAUAGCCAUAUGGUGCUGGUGGGUGAUAUCAUAGGACAUACGCAGGCAAUUUUGUGCUUGGCUGUUGUGAUAGAUUUAGUGUGCAGUGGAUCUGCAGAUAAAACAGUUCGGAUUUGGAGGAAAAGAAUUGACAGGAGCUAUGCUUGUUUGGCAGUUUUGGAAGGACACCAACGGCCAGUUAAGUGCUUAGCAGCUGCUGUUGAUAGUAGCAAUAGCAAAGGUGUUUCUGAUUCUAGUACUUCUGAUUAUCUAGUUUAUAGCGGCAGUUUAGACUGUGAUAUUAAGGUCUGGCGAUUAUCGGUUCCAUUCUUUUGAUUUUGUAUCAAUGGUCGUGAAAAUCAUUAUAUUUCAAGGAAUGAGUUGUCUUCUGAGAAAUAAGAGAUUGAAUUGUAGAGGCGAAGUUUUGACAGAAAUAUAGGAAAUGGUAUUUU